AAGGCUACUUUCCAAAAGCAGAAUGGUGGUUGAAACAAUUUUUUUUUCUUUUCUUUUUAGAAACAAUCCAAAUUUUCCCCAAACCCUGAUUCCACUCUCAAUUGUCUUCUUCCUCAUUUUCCUAUUUAACAAAACUCAAUUUCUCAUUUCGAAUUCCUCAAACUGAGUUUUGUUCAUAGAGGUUAUCGAUUAUCAAGUUGAGUUCAGAAUUUCGAUUCACCGGAGCUAUGUCACUGAGGCCGAACUCGAGAACGGAGGCUCGCCGGAGCAGGUACAAAGUUGCCGUCGAUGCGGAGGAAGGACGUAGAAGAAGGGAAGAUAACAUGGUUGAGAUCCGGAAGAAUAAAAGAGAAGAGAAUUUGCUUAAGAAGCGUCGUGAAGGUUUACUACAAGCUCAGCAGUUUCCUAGCACUGCUGCUGUUUCUCACCUUGAUAAGAAGCUGGAGACUCUUCCUGAAUUGAUUGCUGGGGUUUGGUCUGAUGACAGCAGUUUGCAACUUGAAUGUACAACACAAUUCCGGAAACUGCUUUCAAUUGAACGCAAUCCUCCUAUAGAGGAAGUGAUACAGUCUGGGGUAGUUCCUCGCUUUGUUGAAUUUCUUGCUCGAGAUGACUAUCCUCAACUGCAGUUUGAGGCAGCGUGGGCUCUUACAAAUAUUGCAUCUGGUACAUCAGAAAAUACUAAAGUUGUGAUUGAUUAUGGUUCUGUCCCAAUUUUCAUCAGACUUCUAAGUUCACCAAGUGAUGAUGUCCGUGAACAGGUUGGGGUUACGGGAAGGAGUAAUGGGGGAGAGAAUUACAAAGUGGAAAAUCAAACCCUCACUGCCAAGAUGAAAGUUCAAGCAGUUUGGGCUUUGGGAAAUAUUGCUGGUGACUCGCCCAAGUAUCGUGACCUUGUGCUUGGCCAUGGAGCUUUAGCGGCAUUGCUGGCACAAUUUAAUGAUCAGGCAAAGCUAUCUAUGUUGAGAAAUGCUACCUGGACAUUGUCAAACUUCUGUAGGGGAAAACCUCAGCCACUGUUCGAGCAGACAAAAGCGGCACUCCCCACUCUUGGUCGCCUUAUCCACUCAAAUGAUGAAGAAGUCUUGACAGAUGCAUGCUGGGCUCUUUCAUACCUUUCUGAUGGAACUAAUGAUAAAAUCCAGGCUGUUAUUGAAGCUGGAGUGUGUUCCCGCCUUGUUGAGCUGCUACUUCAUUCUUCACCAUCUGUUCUCAUUCCUGCCUUGCGCACUGUUGGUAACAUAGUCACAGGAGACGAUAUCCAAACUCAGGUUAUGAUUGACCAUCAUGCUCUUCCCUGCCUUGUUAACCUGUUGACGCAAAAUUACAAAAAAAGCAUUAAAAAAGAAGCUUGUUGGACAAUCUCGAACAUUACAGCUGGAAAUAGAAAUCAAAUUCAGAUUGUGAUUGAGGCUGGCAUUAUUGCCCCUCUUGUAUAUCUGCUUCAAAAUGCUGAAUUUGAGAUAAAGAAAGAGGCUGCUUGGGCAAUUUCAAAUGCUACGUCCGGUGGAAAUCAUGAUCAAAUCAAGUUCUUGGUGAGCCAAGGUUGUAUAAAACCAUUGUGUGAUCUUCUGGUAUGUCCUGACCCAAGAAUUGUCACUGUCUGUUUGGAAGGGCUUGAGAAUAUUCUGAAGAUUGGGGAAGCUGAUAAGGAUCUAGGUAACACAGAAGGCGUGAAUGCUUAUGCCCAGUUAAUCGACGAGGCUGAAGGUCUAGAAAAGAUUGAAAACCUCCAAAGCCAUGACAACACUGAAAUCUAUGAGAAAGCAGUGAAGAUCCUCGAAACUUAUUGGUUGGAGGAGGAAGAUGUGCCGGUUUCAUUAAUUGAAGAUCAAUUCGAAUUUGGAGGGGCCGAUAUAUCUCUUCCAUCGGGAGGAUUUAACUUCAGUUGAUGGGGUUUGGCUAGCAGGUCAGUGAGUGGUUUUAAAUUGGAGAAACAUCCUGCUCUUUAAACAUGUGUAGAGAGAGUUGUCAUCUACUUGGGGGAGGAUCGGAUUUUUACAUAUAUUUUCUCUAUUUAUUGAUGGAGUUGGUGUUGUAUAAGUUACCUUUUCCCCUAGACUAGACUAUUGGUGGUGGUGGAUAUUAUAUAUAUAUAUGUGUAUACAUGUUAAUGUACAAGUCAUACCUGGGCUCUCCAUGACAUUAUUUGGUGUAAACAUAUACUUGUUUCCAUCUUUUUGUACCCUUAUAUGGCUUGUUUCCAUCUCUGUACCCUCAUUUGGCAUUAUCAUAGUAGUUGCUUUCUGGCUUAAGAAGAGAUACUUCAUUUA